AUAUGACUCUUCACUAGAAUGGAUCAUAAUAACCACGUGCAGCCUGUUCGGAGGCGACUUGAAUCUGAGAAUGCAGAGCCACCACAAUCAGAAAUUUCAAUGUCAGUGGUGACAGAUGAUACACGAUUGUUUUCGGUUAGGAGAAGAUCAACUUUCCAUGCACUCAAUGAGACCAAAGGAGUUUGGUGUUGUCCGGUGAAUGUGGAGCCUAUUCUAUUUCUUGUGAUGUGCGGUUUUGGCCUCAUGACUACAAAUAACUCACUUUUCACCUAUUGGGCAAGAUGUGUUCAAAUUGCACAGACACAUCGUGAACUGGCAGACAAUGCCACGUACACAUGUGCUUCUAUUGCCAGUUCUAAUGGAACGUUGCAAGAUGAUGUGGAAAAAGAUAUUGCAAAUACAAAAAUAUACUUGCAGAUAAUGGGUACAAUACCGACGUUGAUAGUUUCACCAUUAAUUGGAAAUUGGUCAGAUAGAAAUGGAAGAAAAUCACCACUUUUGUUCUCUCUUUUCGGACUUUUCAUUAACAAUUUCAUACUUCUAUGUGCCACACUAACAUAUGAAACUGUGAAUGUAUACUAUUGGUUUUUCAUUUCCGAGUUUAUGCUGGGAAUGUUUGGCGGUGGCGCUGCAACUUUCUCAACUUCAUUGGCUAUUGUCACUGAUGAUUGUCGGCAUAAGUUGAAACCGGGUUCGUCAACAGUUCCAUUCCGUGUUGGUCUUGCUUCUUUUGUGCAAUCAAUCGGGAUGCUAAAUGGAACAUUAAUAGUUUCACUAUUAGCAGUUCCUGCUAUCAUUUCAGUAGAACGUCAUGCGCUAAGUUAUGUGGAAUGUGCAUUCAUUCAAACUGCACUUUCUCUGAUCUCAUUGAUUUAUGCAAUAUUCUUUGUAAGGGAAACCCAUUUCCCAAAGAAAGAAGAUUUUAGUUACAAUCAAUUGAAUGAAGCAGAAGAAGUUGAAGCCGAGGAGCUUCCACCGAAAAUCAUUGGAAUGAGAAGAUUCACUUCCUACCUUGAAAAUGUAUUUGGAGUUUUGACAGUAAGAAGACCAGGAUGGACAAGAUUAUGCCUCUGUGUAUCAUUGGCUUUCGUGUUCAUUGAAUUCCUUUCUUUUGACCCAGCACUUCUUCUCCUUCUGGUCAAACGUCUUCCAUUCGCCUGGAAUGACAAAUUGUUCAGUUAUUUUUCUUUAACACGACAACUUGUUAACUGUUUCGGAAUGAUUCUAUGUCCAAUUCUUCUAACUUUCUCUCAUUGGCUUGGCAAGGAUUCUCUUUUGAUUAUUGCAGCUCUCGCAUGCUCAGCAGCCACAUCAUUCCUUACAGCAUUUGCUACACGAACUGAACAUAUCUUCUAUACAUGCAUUUUUGGCAUAGUAAUGGGUGGUAUGCAGCCUGCGUAUCGUUCAUUUUUGCCAAGAAUGGUUGCCAAAGAAGAGACGGCUCGAUUACUGACUGUUGUCUCAAUUAUUAUUUCAUUCUCACCAAUUUUGUCAUCACUGAUAUUCAACAACAUUUUCAACAUGACACUUACUUGGUGGCCGGGAUUUGCGUUUUUCGUGUCAGGAUGCUUCCAGAUUACUGUUUUUAUAGGGCAAUUAGUGAUCCAUAUGCUAAUGCGUCCACAAUGGAAACUUGAUAAACAGCUCCGUACUCGACGUGAAGAAGAAACUGACUCCCGAGAUGAACCUGAAUUUCGUCCAAUCGGAGAUUUCGAACAACGAAGUAUUUCAAAUACGGCGGUAGAUUCAGACAGCGGAUCUCGACGUGAAGUGUGAUCAUGUCUUCGGGGAAAUAAUUGUUUUCAUACUCUUUGUUUGUAAUUUAUGUGAACUUUUUUGUUAUUUAGAAGCUGCUUCCACUUGUCUUUUACUCUGUGUUGUCAUGAACGGGUGUUCUUUUUCUUAAUAUCUACAUUAAACGAUUUGUGCAAUAAAAUAAUAUUUACUU